GGAGAUCUUGGUCGGAAUUUCGCAGCUGGCAGCUCAGUCUUGAUCUGGCGUUUAGCUCGUUUGAAGCUCGCGAAAAAUGGUGCUCGCGUUCGUUCGGUCGUGGUUCCCGGUGCUGGCGGUGCUGUUGCAGAUAUUCGCGGUCCAUGUGGCCACUUCGGCCUACCGGUACCACCUUGAGGAUUACGACACCCUGAUGGGGACUUGCGGUGAGCACGAGGUUUGCAACAUUGUCCACCAUCGGUACUGGAUGCCCAGCGCCGUGGAGAAGAUCUGCCGCUGUCCGCUGAACACGCCGAGCUGUCCGGUGACGUACACCAAGCACGGCCACGUGAUGAACGUCAACAGCCGGACGCAGAUGAAGUUCUGCUCGUCGACGAAGGGACUGGCCCGGUGUGGACCGAACGAAAUUGCGCUGCAGCGGAAGACGCUGUACCAGAAGUACGGCGUGAAGAAUGUGUCGAUCGUGGUGCACUGCCAGUGUGAUAACCAGCGCCAGUACUGGGUGUUUGUGAACCAGACCGGGGAGAACUUUAACGACGCCAGACACCAGCUGACCGUGGUGGACAACUAUCGAUGCGUUGCCCUGGAGCGCUGCAAGCCGCACGACUUUUGCGGGUACGCCCGCCGCGACUACGGCUUCAUCUUCCACCGGUGCACCUGCCCCCUAUCCCACCAGUGCAAGUUCGACCUGGACGAGUCCCAGAGCGAGGUGAGCGAGCUGUUUUACCGCGGACCGGCGUACCUGGCCCGGUGCGUCCCCAUCUACGACUACGACUGGUGGUGAGCCCCAACAGAAUGGUUUUGUGAUUAAAAUUGUGCAAUAAAGCGGUUU